GAGCACUGGUCACGAGCAAAGAAGAAGAAGAGCGAGAGGAUGCUGUCCGCCUCGGAGGAGUCGCUGUUCCGCUCCAUCGAGAAGCGGGCCAAAGACCCACCGGGCCACGUGUACCGCUACCACCCGGUCGACCUGGUCAUCCUGCUCGCAUUCGUCAUCUCCGUGCUGCUUGUCUUCGUCGGCUUCUAUUACUUCGAGAUACGCUUCCCGCUAGGCGGCAUCUUCUGGCACGGCGCCACCGAGGAAGCCGGCAACGCCACCGACAGUGCCAACGAGACCACCACCACGGAGCCCCCGACCAACGCCACCGAGGAGACCACGGCAGCCCCGGCAAAGAUGCUGCGCCAGCUGGGUGACCGGAUGUCGCCUCGCGUGGAGCGUAGCGUCGAGCGACCGGUCUGCGACGACCGCAGCUGCAAGGCUCUGGCGCGGUAUGUGCGCGAGUCGCUCAAGCCGUCGGCCGACCCGUGCGGCAACUUCUACGAGUUCGUGUGCGGCCAGUGGUCGCUGCGAGACUCGCUGCGCCCGGGUGAGGCAAUCGUCACCGAAGACACUCUCCGGGCAAAGGCCAUCGAAGAACUGCUGGUGGCGAAGCUGAAAGAACGAACCGCGCGCCUCCGCACGGACGGCACUGGAGAUGACGACUCCGUGCUCGAGGAGCUCCAAGACGAGUCGCAACGGUGGAUGCUCAAGGCAUUCGCAAACUGCCGUUCCGGCGUAAAGACUUCCCGAAAAGCCUUCCGCAACAUCUUAGAACACCAGGGCCUGGGAGGAUUUCCGUUUCAUCGAGACCCAUCAAAGACUGCCGAAAUAGCUGGCCGCGUGGCCAGAGCAUCUGCAGUGUCGCCAUUCGUGAGGGUGUCUCUCGACCAGGACAUCAGAGAGGGUCGGCACGUCGUGAGGCUGUCGCCAUCCGAGCAGCUGUUGUUUAAGGACUUUUGGACUGUGAGCAACAGCCACGAGAAGUGGUACAGCUCUGCUGUUGCCAAGGCAGCCUCGGGCGUGCCACUACCGACGCUGUUCAACGUCGAGAAAAAGCUCAGUGAGCUCGCUGCAGGCUCAACCGGUGAGCCUCUGCUACUGAAAUUGUCAGAUUUGAACAGCUUCCACAAGUGGAACUGGAAGGAGUUUCUGAGGGCUCUCUUUGAUGGAGUGGCCAAUGUGACCCGGACAACGUACGUCCGCAUGGAAACCGAGACGUUCGCGAAAGGCCUGGCGUCUCUACUGCGGGCUUUUCGAACAAAGGACAUCGCUAACUUCCUUGGAUACAAAGUCUACCUCAAGCACGCACCUUUGCUAGAGAAGAUGCGCCAGCUAGCCACCAUCUCUACUGCGACGCAUCCAGGUUGGAAUGAGUCACUCACCAGGGAGGUGACAUGCCUGCGCAUGCUUACAAACAUCGAACCUUUCAUACUCAUGUUCCUGCACUGGGACGUCUUCAAAGCCUCUAUGGAGCCGUCAGUCGUCGAAAACAUAGUGCAGAACGCCAAGAACACCAUCCUCAACUUUAUCGAAGGUCUGUCGUGGCUCCAGCCUGCGUUCAAGAGCGCCUACGAGGACAGGCUCCAGAACACGACGUGCAAGUACCUGGUGCCCUUCUGGCUUACCAACGAGGACAAGAGGCUGCGCUACGCGCGCACUGUGGCGGACCACGUUCACUACUCGGGCAUCAACACCUUCGAACCGGUCAUCCAGGCGGUGGAGAGGAACCGGCUCAAGGCCAUCGACGACUCCGGCUUCGAUGUCUCGUGGGAGAGCCGGCCCACGGAGACGGAUCCCGUGUGGGCGAGCGAGGACACGCUCGAGUUCCCCAUGGGCCUGUUCAGUCGCGCCUACGAGGGCGACGCGUUUUGGCUCUAUCAUCUGCCGCGCGCCGGCGUAAAGGUGGUGGCUGCACUGCUGGCAGCGCUCAUUGAAACAGCCAAGGUGUCCGACCGGGCCGUGUACAGGCGGCUGCUACGCGCCAAGGAGUGCCUCGACGACCACUACAUGCGCAUGCCCGAGAGGCAGACUCCCGAGCAGCUAUCGUCGACGAGGGCGCUGCGGAACGAGGCGCUGGAGAACAUGGCGCUACCGCUGGCCCUGUCCCUCUACCGGUCGUACGUGGAUCCUCAGAAAGGCGUGGCGCUCGAAGGGCUGCGAGCCUACAGCCCGGAUCAGCUGUUCUUCAUCAACUACGCCCUGGGCCGCUGCGAGGCGGUCGACUCGCGCUACGCCUGGCAGCGGCUGCGCUACGGCACGUCGCCGCCGGCCGCGUAUCGGGUGAACGGGCCGCUCCGCAAUUUCGCCGGCUUCGCCCAGGCGUUCGGUUGUCCGCUCGGCUCGUACAUGAACCCGAAGAGAAAGUGCGACGUCUGGAAGGGCUAGUGCUUGACGUAACGCUCGUCCUAGGUGGCUGUGCCGUGGUACCGCGGCUUGUUGACUCGCCGUGGGCUGCUUUUUUUUAUGUCAUGUGCAAACAUGAGUUCCUUCCUGUUGA